AUGAAGAUAAAUGUCAGAAACCCAAAGGAAGACCGGGUAGUGAACCAUUUGGCAGCAAAGAUCAUUGAAAAUGUUUGUACUACUCUCUCUUGCCAUGCACAAGGAUUUAUUACAGGAGAAAUCGGACCUGUCUUGUGGUACCUUUUCACACAUUCUACAGUAGAUUCUUUGAAGAUAACUGCUGUUUCGGCUUUAUGCAGAAUUACUCGUUACUCACCCAAUGCUUUCCAGAGUGUCAUUGAAAAAGUGGGAUUAACAGCUGUACUAAAUUCCUUGGCCAAUGGAAUAUGCAAAAUUCAGCAGUACAUGCUCACCAUGUUUUCAGCAAUGUUGUCAUGUGGGAUUCAUCUACAGAGGCUGAUUCAAGAAAAGGAUUUUGUGACUACAAUUACUCGUUUACUUGAAAGUCCUUCAACUUUUAUUCGAGCAAAAGCCUUUUUGGUCCUGCUACAAGUUUUAAUUAAUAACAGGGAGAUGUUGCUACUCAGUUGUCAAGCAAGACUCGUGAUGUAUGUUGAAAGAGACAGCAGAAAGACCACACCAGGAAAAGAGCAGCAAGGUGGCAGUGAAUACCUGUCAAAAUGCCUGGAUCUUCUCAUCUAUCACAUUGUGCGGGAGCUGCCCGGGAUUCUAGGUGACAUUCUUGCUGCCUUGACUAAUGUCUGUGGACGUAAACACCCAUCAACGGUUCAGGCCAAACAGCUGAAGAUGUGCCUUCCUAUGAUGCCUGUAGUGCUUCACCUUGUGACAUCCCAGGUAUUUCGUCCCCAGAUAGUCACAGAGGAGUUUCUUUUCAACUAUGGGACCUUACUUAGUUUUAUCAGAUCAAUAGAUUCAGGAGAAACAAACUUGGAUGGAGCAAUAGGGCAAGCUGCAUCAGAAGAAUUGAUUAAGACUACUUUAUCAACCUUUGAAGCAGUUACACAGCAUCCUGUCUUGUUGACAAUUCAUCGCUUGACCGUUGAAGCCUGUAUCCUCCCACCACUAGUUUCUUUGGUCCACAGUCAGAAUGUGGAAUGGAGACUCUUCAGCUUGCGGUUGCUCUCAGAAACCACGUCACUGCUUUUAAGCCACGAGGUCAUGGCUGAGGGGAAAGGGGAGAGCCUCGACUCAAACAGCAAGCUUCUGUCUCUCAUUAGAGAUUCGUUGCUGCCUCAGUAUAAGCACAUUCUGAUGGCUCCAGACCCAGUACCAAUGUAUGCUCUAAAACUGUUGGUGGCCCUGACUGAGCACAGCCCCGCUUCUGUGAG